UUUUCAUAUUCCUGGAAAUUCUUGCUUGCUUAUUUUCCCAUGAGUACUUUUGAAUUGUUUUGUCUAGUUCCAGAAAAACAGAAAUCUAAAGGAAAUAAACAUCAGAUUAAAUGUAUACAUUUAAAAUCUAUUUAACUUCUCCAAACUUUUUUUUCAGGAUCAUAAUAAAGGUGCUAUGAAAGAAUGUAAGACAGGAAAAUAAUUAAAUAUUUUUACUGUGCUGUAGCUGGAAACAAUACUUUUAUUUCACUUAUGUAUUUUUAUGUGGUGCUGAGGAUCGAACCCAUAGUCUUGCACAUGUGAGAGUCACAGGUUGCUCUACUGUGCAGAAACUGAGGAUUCCAAGCAGGCCCAACUCUGGAGAACCAGGAAAUGUUACUGUUAUCAUUCAAGGAUAUAGCCAUUGAUUUUACUGAAGAGGAGUGGGAAUGCCUUCAGCCUGCUCAGAAAAACUUAUAUAAAGAUGUGAUGUUAGAGAACUAUAGAAACUUUGCCUUCCUGGCCAUGACUCCAUAUGAUACCCAAGAAUAUUCACCAGAAAAGGGCAUAAAACAUAUAUUUCCCAAAGUGAUAAAUGGGAAAUAUAGAAGUUGUGGUUUUGACUAUUUACAACAAAAGAAAAUAUGGAAAACCACAAGUGAGAGUGAACACCAGGAAUCAUAUAAAAAAUAUGGAGAUAAUCCCUACAAAUAUAAACAAUGUGGCAAAGCUUUUAGUAAAAUAAAUGGUCUUAUUAACCACAGAGUAACCCACACUGGACAGAUGCCCUACCAAUGGGCAGAAUGUGAUAAAGUUUUUAAAGAAAAAUUAAACUUUAUUAAGCAAAGCAGAAUUCACAUUGAAGAGAAGCCCUACAAAUGUGAAGAAUAUGAUAAAGCUUUUAGUAAAAACUUAAACCUUAUUUACCAAAGAAGAAUUGACACUGAAGAAAAGCCCUACAAAUGUAAAGAAUGUGGUAAAGCUUUCAGUCAAAAGUCCCAACUUAUUUGCCACAGCAAAACUCAUACUGGAGAGAAGCCUCACAAAUGCAUAGUAUGUGACAAAGUUUUUACUCAAAUAUCAACCCUUAUUUGUCACAAAAGAAUUCACACUGGAGAGAAGCCCUACAAAUGUAAAGAAUGUGGCAAAGCCUUUAGUCGAAAAGUUGGUCUUAUUUGCCACAGGAGAAGUCACACUGGAGAGAAGCCCUACAAAUGUAAAGAAUGUGGCAAAGCCUUCAGUCAAAAAGUUGGCCUUAUUUGCCACAGCAGAAGUCAUACUGGAGAGAAGCCGUACAAAUGUAAAGAAUGUGGCAAAGCCUUUAGUCGAAAAGUUGGUCUUAUUUGCCACAGGAGAACUCACACUGGAGAGAAGCCCUACAAAUGUAAGGAAUGUGGCAAAGCCUUCAGUCAAAAAGUUGACCUUAUUUGCCACAGCAGAACGCACACUGGAGAGAAGCCCUACAAAUGUAAAAAUUGUAGCAAAACUUUCAGUCGAAAAUCACACCUUAGUUGCCACAGGAGAACUCACACUGGAGAGAAGCCCUACAAAUGUAAAGAAUGUGGCAAAGCUUUCAAUCAAAAAACAUGCCUUAUUCGCCACACCAGAUCUCACACUGGAGAGAAGCCCUACAAAUGUAAAGAAUGUGGAAAAGCUUUCAUUCAAAAAUCAGACCUUAUUUGCCACAGGAGAACUCACACUGGAGACAAGCCCUACAAAUGCAAAAAUUGUAGUAAAGCUUUCAGUCGAAAAUCACAUCUUAGUUGCCACAGCAGAACUCACACUGGAGAGAAGCCCUACAAAUGUAAAGAAUGUGGCAAAGCUUUCAGUCAAAAAGCAGACCUUAUUUGUCACAGCAGAACUCACACUGGAGAGAAGCCCUACAAAUGUAAAAAUUGUAGCAAAGCUUUCAGUCAAAAAUCACACCUUAUUUGCCACAGCAGAACGCACACUGGAGAGAAGCCCUACAAAUGUAAAGAAUGUGGCAAAGCUUUCAGUCAAAAAGUAGGACUUAUUUACCACAUCAGAUCUCACACUGGAGAGAAGCCCUACAAGUGUAAAGAAUGUGGCAAAGCUUUCAUUCAAAAUUCAGACCUUGUUUGUCACAGGAGAACUCACACUGGAGACAAGCCCUACAAAUGCAAAAAUUGUAGUAAAGCUUUCUUUCGAAAAUCACACCUUGUUUGCCACAGCAAAACUCACACUGGAAUGAAGCCCUACAAAUGUAAAGAAUGUGGCAAAGCUUUUACUCGAAAAUCACACCUUAUUUGUCACAGUAGAACGCACACUGGAGAGAAGCCCUAUAAAUGUAAAGAAUGUGGCAAAGCUUUCAGUCAAAAAUCACACCUUAUUUGCCACAGUAGAACUCACACUGGAGAGAAGCCCUACAAAUGUAAAGAAUGUGGCAAAGCUUUCAGUCAAAUAUCAAACCUUAUCUGCCACAGAAAAACUCACACUGGAGAGAAGCCCUAUAAAUGUAAAGAAAGUGGCUAAGCUUUCUGUCAAAAAUCGCACCUUAUUUGCCACAGGAGAAAUCACAGUGGAGAGAAGCCUCACAAAUGCAAAGUAUGUGACAGUGCUUUACUCAAAUAUCAACUGUUAUUUUCCACAGGAGAAUUCACACUCAAGUAAAGCCCUACAAAUGUGAGGAAAGUGACAAAGCUUUUAGCAAUAAAAUAAGCCUUAUCCACCAGAGAAGAACUUACACUGGAGAAUAGUCCUACAAAUGUGAAUAAUGUGGCAAAACUUUUAAUAAAAAAUUAAAUAAAAUACACCCUGAUGAAUGUGAAAUGUGAAUAAAGUGAUAAUGCACAUAAAGAGAAACUAAACCUUAAAAACAACAGAAUUUAUACAGAAAAGAACCCCUACAAAUGGAAACAAUGCAGCAAAGCUUUUAAUAAAAAAUCAAUUAUUUUUCACCACCAUGCUAUUUAUUCUGGACAGAAGAUACACAAGUGUAGAGAAUGUAGAAACAUUUUAAAUUCUAUAUCAUACAUUACUAGACAUCAUAGAAAACACACUGGAGAGAAGCUUUAUAAAUGCCACCAUUGAACAAUUCCUCUAAGAAAGGGUCAAAAUUUAAUCCUCACCACAAUAACCAUAGCAAAGAGAAAGUUUUGAAAUGUGAAAAUUGACAAUCUGACAAUGCCUUCAAAAUUUAUUCACCAAUACUCAUCACCUGUGAAUACAUACUGGUUAGAGAGAAUACAAAUGGAAAAAAAAAUUUCAUAACCACAUGUUUCUUAAACACUAGUGAUUUUUGGAGAAUACAUUGUGCCCAGAAAUCCUAAAAAGUUAAAUAAUAUUUCAAAAAACGUAUUCAAAUUUUAAAUUCAUUGAACAUCUGAAACAUCAUACCAGUAGUGAACAUUGAACAGAUUUUGUCCAAAAUGUAUGCCUUAUAUAACAUUUAUAAUAAACACCUUGACAAACGUGAGAGUAUAGUGAAGUCAUUAUCUAUACAUUACACCUUGAUGUAUAUGAAGAUAAGUAAAAGACACAACUCAUUUAAAUAUAGAAUAUAUAAGUACUUGUUUUUAACUUUUAAUUAAAUUUACUAAGCAUUAUCAAGUUAUUUGGUAGAAAUAUCAGUCAUAAAUAUCAUACAUGUAUAGUGCAGAAACCUCAUCUUUGAAAGCAUAUAUAUAUAUUUUCUAAAUCAAGUAUUACUAUUUCCACUUUUGAAUACCAGAGAAAACAAUUAUAAGAAAUAUAUUUUUUGAUGUGUAACACUGAAUUGUUAUAUUUUAACCUUUUUUAUAUUUUUGUAUUGCAGUUUAAAUUUAGGGAUUUUUAAACAUUGUGCAACAUUCCUAUGUCCUUUCUCCAGUUUCUCAAAUUUUGAGACUGCUCUUGCAGUGAAACCACACUAAGUUUCUGAGGCUGAAUUUAAACUUCUGAAACUACUCAGCUUCCCAAUUUGCUUGGAUUACAAGCAUGGACCAUCAUGCCAGGUUUACAGAGCAUUUUUACAUAUUUAUGUAUGCAAUAUGUCUUUAUAACUGAAUAUUUCUGUAUAUGUUAACACUCAUGUAUUGCAUCAUGUCAUUAAAUGACAGACAUCACAGUAUUCCACUUGUUUAAAUGUUUUAUGCAACAGUAAAACCUACUAUUGAGUAGAUAAUACUCUAGCAUCUCUUAAUACUUUUACACAUUUUAAUCAAACUCAAUGUGGAAUAUAAUUUGCAUUAUCAGAUCAUUGUAAGUUAUUUUCUGUUUAUUUUCAUGGUGAAAUUACGAGUUAUAGGAAAGACAUAUAUAUGAAAAUAAGCUCUAAAUUUUCACAUCUUGUUUUACAAAUUUUGACAUUUUAACUUUUUAACAUUUUACCAUUUCAUAAUGAUUUGAAUAGACUGAAUUUCCACAUCCUUAAAGGUAGCUCUUCAGGAGAGAAGAGCUUUAUCUUUCUUGUGUGUGCAUAAUGGCCUUCUAGACUCCAGCCUCAUUGGAAACAUUUCAUUUUUAUGUGAAUGAGGUAAAUGAUAAGUGUUUUUAUAUAUAUUAGUUAAUUCUGACAUCACUGUUAUUCUAUAGGAAGUGUUAUUUUAGGGCAGGAAUCACAGAAAUUCAUCUGUUGUCAAGGUUGAGUGAGGCCUACUUAUGACAAAAUAAUCAAUGAGCUAUGUUUCAUAGUCUUAUUUUCUGUAAACCAAGUGGUAAGAGGUAAACUGAGAAGAUUGUAUGUAAAGAUUAAGUUUCUUAUCAUUAAAUGUUGGCUUACGAGCUACAAUAGGGCAAAGACUUCUUAUGCAUUGAGUCCAUACAAAAAUCAUUGAAUAUCCUUCACAAUAUUAUUAAUAUUACAUAUAAAUCAUGAAGAACCGAGUUUAAAACAAUAUAUGGCUAAGAACAAUGCCUUGGGACAUUGUACACUCUCCAAUACAGACAUAUUUAUACCAAUUUAAUUAUACAUCAAAUUACACUAAAGAAGAAAAAAAAAAUCAAUUUGAUCAAAGCACAACAGUAUACAAAUAAACCUUGUAAAGGCUUAAGCGAGAUACCCAAUAGUUGAUGAAGUGUGGCUUCUAAAUGCUAGGGGGAAAAUUCUCAUAAUCAGAGGUAAUUGAAGGAAGAAAAAUUACCCACUUUGAGCUAGAACAGCAAAGAUUAUUCACUUCCAUUUGUAUGCUUUGUAAUAUGUUCCAAAAGAUUUCUGCAUGUUUUAUUUCAGUCAAAUUGAGAAACAAUCCAGAAAUUUAAAAAAGCAAAGUAUUGCUCCUCUGGUUUUAAAAGCAAGAAAAAAAUAGAGAUCUAUUGAGCUAGAAAACUUACUAGUUAGAGGUAAAAAAUAGAACUGAGAUUUCCAGAAUCUGUAGAAUGUAUUUCAGCCAUCUCUGGACGCACAGGGCAUUUUUGCAUAACAAAGAAUUUGUUCACUUAUGUACAGCUUAAGAAACAUUGCUGUUUUUAGUCAGUCUUUUUUAUUAACAACAAUGAUGUACCUUUCAAUAGUUUCCAGCCACAACAAUACACAAUUUCAGAAAUCUUUUGGUUCAUCCUCCAUAUAUUCUGUGACAGUAUUCACCAGGACAAGAUAAUAUAAACCUUUUGGCAGCCCCGUCAAAGUAUUCAUUUCUAUUAAUUUUAAGGGCAAACAUAUACUGCAGAGAAAAGUAUGAUACAUCGAACAACAUAGUUUUACUUAGUAAAAAUAAUUUUUUGAUGAAAAAUAUAUCCCAACUGCUUUGUCUUGGGAUUGCAUUACAAAAAUAUAAGCUAAUUAUACUGUGUAUUAUGACCUCAGGCUCUGAGCCUUAUAAUGCAAAAGAAUAUUUUAUGUUUAUUUUUAAAUAUAGUUUUUAUAUUUCAAACAUUCAAAUCAAAUUCCACAGCAAUCAAUUAUAAAAAAA